GUAUCGGCCUGUUUAGUCGUGUAUUUGAACGUGACGAUGAUGAAGUAUGAAUAUCAGUGUUUAUUUCAAUUGAGAAUUUAAGAAAAAAUUAAAUUAAAAAAAAGCUCGACACUCCUUUGUAUUUUCAUUAACUGUGAGCGACGAGUUGAAAGCAAACAUCUCCGAAUUUUUAAAAUUUGAAUUUUUAAUCAUAAUAGUGUACCCGAACAGUUGUUUUGUUUGUAAACAAUCUGAUGUAAAUUCAUUUGAAUAUAGAAAAUUUGACGUGAUUUUUAAUUAAAUUAAACAAUUGUUGUAAAAGUACCACGCCCACACCUCGAUUUAAUGUUAAAAUACCGAAAGUGCUUAAACGAAGUGCGAUAAACGAUAACAAAGGAAAGAGAAUAAUUGUUGUCAUAAUAACACGAUUAAAAACUAACAAAAAUAUAAAUAACAACAAACCAAAUAAUAGCCAUUAAAACUACAACGUAUACAUUUCACGUUGUUGCUGCUAAUUCCGCUGUUUUGCUGCUCUUGAGUUGUGUGAUUGUUAAAACUAAUGCUUUUUAAUGAUGCUUUUGCCUUCAGGGCGAUCAAAUAGCGAUGUACAUCCAGUAAAUAAUACAAGACGGCCUCAAUUUUCGACAAGAACAUCAUCACCACAGUUGAACAUAAAUUCCGGUAAAAACACAGAAAAUGGCGGUUACGCAUCACCAGAGUCUGUUUCAACACCUGCACCUAUGGCUACUACAGGUUCCGAACAGUAUAAAAACUCAUAUUCUGCUCCUAAUUCAACACUAUCAACACCACCUUCGAACCAUCAAUCAUAUACAAUUGAAUUGGCCAGCAAUGGUACAAUUGCCGCAACAGGAAACGUGUUACUGUCGAAUUCCCCCGGAAGUCAAAGUGAAACCGGAACUGCAACAGCUGGACGUUAUACAAACGGUCCCAAAGUUACAUUCUUGGCAAAUGGCAAUAUUAGCUCAAGCACAGGUGCUUUGACUCCAAUGAAUUCGACUUCCCCCGGAAAUUGGGAAGAUAUUGAUAGACAAUUAGAAGCUGUACAAACAAAACUUAAAGAAGGUUGGAGUGCCCAUUUGGGCAAGGAAGGACGUCUCUAUUACUGCAAUCAUACAACUCAAACAUCGGGAUGGUUGCCAUCCUGUGAGGACUGGAGUAAACAGGAGGAGUUGCCAUAUGGUUGGGAAAGGGCCAUAGAUUCGAAAGGUCGCUCUUAUUUCAUAAACCAUAUAAAUAAAACUUCAACAUAUGAAGCGCCCGAAUGUAUAAAGUGGGAUGAAAACCCUCCAGAACCUCGGGUCGUGGUCUUACAGCGUAGUUCUACCAUGGGAUUUGGCUUUGUUGCCGGCAGUGAACGGCCUGUGAUCGUUCGAUUUGUUACAGAAGAUGGGCCGAGUAUGAAUAAACUUCAGCCUGGAGAUCAGAUAUUAGCUGUAAAUGGUGAAGAUGUAAAGGAUGCUCCAAGAGAUCGUGUAAUACAAUUGGUUAGAGCUUGUGAGACUCAAGUAACUUUAUUAGUAUGUCAACCUGCACACAAUGUAAUACCGGGACGUAAAUCGACUUUAUUGUCGGCGGGAAAACGUGCAAAACUAAAAACUCGACCAAGCCGAGUACGUUUUGCUGAGAGUGUUUGCGUUAACGGAGCUCCGUUAUUUCCGCCCUCUGCCUUUUCUCUGGGAGAUAUUUGUGUUCCACCUAUGGCGAAUGUUUUAAAGGUAUUUUUGGAAAAUGGUCAAACCAAGUCUUUUAAAUAUGAUGCAACUACAACUGUACAGGAUGUGGUUUCCUCUUUAUUGGACAAGUUAUGUUUUGUAUCUGGUGAAAUAUUUAGUCUCGUAUUGGAACAUGUUAAAAGCCUCAAACGCAAUAAGCUGACAUUACUGGAUCCCGAAGAAUCGUUAGCUAAAAUUGCUUCUCGUCCAGGAGCACAUAAAUUACGGUGCUUGUUUCGUGUCACUUUCGUGCCUAUUUCUGCAGCGGAAUUGGCUCAAAAGGAUCUUAAUUCUUUGGAUUAUUUGUAUCUACAAUGCUGCAAUGACGUAACUCAAGAACGUUUCGCUCCCGAGCUUCAACCUGAUGUGGCUUUGCGAUUAGCCGCUUUACAUAUGCACCAACAUGCUUUGGCAAAUAAUGUGUCGGCGUCAAAGCUAACGGUGAAGGUAGUUGAGCGUGAAUUCGGGUUGGAACGUUUCGUGCCGGGCUCACUUUUUGAAGGUAUGAAACGGAAAGAAUUGAGACGAUUAAUUUCACACUUUCUGAAAAUGAAUGCCGAGAUGACAGGUUCAUCAACUAAAGUGUUAACACAACUCCAGGCCAAAUUGCACUACUUGGACAUUAUUGCAAGCUUACCUAGUUACGGGGCUAAGUGCUUUAGCACAAACCAAAGAGAAGGUGUCGAGAGGGUUCUUUUAGUGAGCCCACGGUUUGGCUUAAGUCAAAUAUCGAGUGCCAGAAAUUCAGUCCCGCAACCUAUAUCUGCUAUAGAAGAUUUUAGUCACAUCAUUGUUCAGAGAGAAGAUGACAUUACAUGUAGUGUCACUAUUUAUAUGCAGGGGGAUCGCUCCGUAAAAUUUUUUAUGGAGGAUCGAGAUGCAUGUGAGUUUUCCUUGUGCUUAGCUGGCUAUUAUAGGUUAUUGACGGGCAAAGUUCUCCCAGUCUCACGAGAACGAGAGACAAUUGAUGAGGACAAUCCCCCAUCAUACCUUGCUCAACACACAGUACUACCAGCAUUUUGGAGUUAUUUACUACCGUUUCACAACAGAGCUCAUAGCAUAAAUUUCCUUAUGCCACCGCCGUAUCACCCCAGCAAAUUAAAAUCACAGCACAGUGAAGAAGCUGGUCAUCUACAGGAGCAAUCCGAGAGUAUGACAAACAAAACACUAAUUAUAUCAGAAUGUUCUCAUCUACAUUCAAAUUUGCCUUUGCUCUCUUCAACAGUCAUGGACUUAGAUAUUCAUAGUGUCAUGGCAACUGAACUUUUAGAAGAAGCCAAAGAUUCCGGAAUGAGUGAUAGCAGCGGUGGUGGCAGCAAUUGUGGAGAUCGUGCUAAUAACAACUUAAGCAACACGGCUAAAAUGGAAGCCAAAAAUGAGGAAGUGUUUAGGCGGGUGCAGGAAAUGCAAAAAAUGGUUGAAAACUCUGAACAGUAUUUGAAUGAGCAAGGAGAACUAGUACAGAACUUUAGAUUGACAAAUACUAGUUCAGCUGUGGUGUCCUGGCAAAGUCCAACGAGUGCUCUGAGUUCCUCGAAUAUAAAUUCGAGUGCAGUCAUAGAAUUUGACAGCGAUUGCGACAGUCUCAACAGCAGUAAAUUAUCUUCGAACGAAGAAACUCCACAACAGGGCUCGUUGAAACACAGUGACUCAUUGGUUCUAUUGGCGGAAACAAUAAAUCAUGAUUUAAGUGGUAUUACGCAAGGUUUAAAUUCCAUUGGUGAGCAUACAAUUGAAGUCAGACGGAAAAAACCUACACUCGUAGAUACAUCAAGUCCAAGGCCGGAACGAAAAAUAAACGGUUUUAGCCAGUUGCUAAGUAACCUGCAAGCGUUAGGUACAGAUUUUUCACAAAGUGAAAGUGAUUCCGAAUCCAUAGCAUCGCCCACAAAUUCACCCACUGCUCGAAGGCCUUCAUUACUGAAUACAAAUGACAAAUCUAGUCGUAAACAAAAUUUAGCAUACCGUUCAAGUUUCGGGCUCCACAGUCCAGACAGUAGUAAUUUCGGUAUGGAAACUAAAGACUAUAAUCUGAAAGAAUAUCUAAAGCAACUAAAGGAAAUAAGUAAUGUAGAUGAUUUCAAUCAGGACACAGACGUCGCCGCUAAAAAAUUAUCCGAAAUUUAUGGUUUUGAAAUACGUGAAGAUACUUUCAUUGAGACCGACACGGAUUUAAUAGACUUACGUGCCAUACCACCCCCGCAAACACCAGAUGAAUUAGAUGCUCUAUCUUUACUUAAUGCACCACCAAAGGGAUUUGGUGACUUUACAAAGAAAACAUUAAACGAUGUAAGACAAGAGCAUGAUUUAGACAAAUUUUUGGAAAAAGUGGUUGUGGCUCCGCCUACACAGAAGGCAACCCCCGCUAAAGAAUUAACACCGGAGGAGAUAAUGUCAUUUAUAAUACCUCCGCCUCCCGAUCUAGAUGAAGUUGAUAUCAUUACCAAAAAAGAAGAGUUAGAGUUUAACGAGAGCUUAUACAGCAAUUCAUCUGCAACUAACAGAUUUGCUAAGCCACCAUUGGCGCCAAAACCUAAUGAAGAUUUAAAGAAAGUUGAAAAUAAGAAUCACAUUAUUGAAUAUGCCACCGUGGAAAGGAAAAGUAAAUUUUCCUGCUGUCCCAAAUCCAAAAAAGAAGAAACCACCGAUGCAUGUGCAGAAAUUGUUGAAACUCUUAAACCACCCCCUAGAUCACAAUCCUCAGAACAAACAGUGCCUGUAAGACCACCAAAGAGUGCCGAACUAAUGCAGCGUUAUUCACCAAAAAAACUUAACCAAAUUUCAUCACCCUUGCCGCAAAGAAAUGGUUUACCGACAGAUGUUUUCGAAAGUAAUCCACCUAUGCUGCCACCACGCACAUCAUUCAGUACUAGUCCACGCGCAGUUUCUCAGGAGGAACGCCAAAAUAUGAAGUCUACGGUGAGUCCCUCAGCCCCAAAGAAACCUCCACUACCUCCAAUAACUGCGAGACCAAUGUUAAGAAAAAGUCCUUUACCUAUGAACUAUCCCGGAGCAAUUGAUGUCUCUUCGCCUCCACCUACGCAACCACGAGUAUUUCCAACCAAUAACACGGCUGUACACAGCCUAACAGUAACUCCACCAUCACAACCUCCGCCUUUACUACCUAUGCAGCAACAGAUCAAUCAGCAGUCCGUUGCAAGUAAUCGCGAAUACCGAGAUCAACGAUAUCCUCUUCCUCCUUAUCCACUAUUAUCUUCUCCCCAAAUGCAAAGGAAAAUCCACAACACCAGCCCAAUAAACCAAAGUCACAUAAGUCUAAAUUCACCGAGAGGUUUCAAUAACACUAGCAAUAAAUUGAUUAUCAAAAAUGGUCAUAUUAUAGACCCGGAAGCUCUGUUGGUAAAAACUGAUGUUGCAAUGGCUGGGUUACUAGUCAAACUAGAUCAAGUUGCGGCACAAUGUACUGCAGCGCAAUCUGCAGGCGGUGGAUCUAGCAUCGAUGAAGAUAAGUUUCAAAAAGCACGCAACGAAUUAACCGAACAAACAUUAGUAUUAGUAACUGCCUCGAAAUAUUUAGUCGUUGCCAUGUCUGACAUGACACUGUCUUCAUUGCCGGAGCAUCUGACUUCAUGUCUUACUGCCAUAAGACGGGUAACAGAAUUGGCACAAGAUAUGACACGACAUACGUCGUCUCCUCUUCAAACACGUAAUAUCGUGCUAAAAGUCCACGAUGUCGCCUCAUCAUUUCGCGAAUUAGUUGGAGUUCAAAUGGGACCUCUAGGGGCUGGUCAGUUGGCUUUACAAGCCGAAUGUUUAGCCAAUGUUUUGGCUACGCUAUUACGAAGUUUAAGAGUGUUUUCUCCUUAAAAUAACUAACCAAAUCUAUUAUCACAUUCUUCGUUUAUAUUUCACCUCAAUUUCCCAUACAUAUCAUUAUUUUGUAUAAUUAUUAUUAAAUUUUCUAAACAUAUCGUAAAAAGUUUAUAAGUUGUAUUUAUUAUAAAUAUUGUAUAUGUAUGUAUGAAUGUAUCUAAAUAAAAGCAUAUGUACAUAUACAA